CUCUUGAGGGGACACACGCAGAGGACCCAAGAUGGCGGCGCGCGUGCUGCGCGGCCUGUGGCGCGCGAGGCCGGCGCCGCUCCCCGCCCGGCCCCCCCGCGGUAUCCUACUCCGAGCCGCCCCCGGAGCCGCCCCCAGCUCGGAGUUCCGGAGCGAAUACGCCCUGGACAGGCUCUAUCCUGAGCAGCGCGGAAGCGACGCCGCGGAGGGAGCCCAAGCUGGGACAAAACAAAUCUCUCCUGACAUUCCUGUUGAUUGCCUUUCCAUAUCCUAUUGCCGGAGCAGUGGACCUGGAGGCCAGAAUGUUAAUAAAGUCAAUAGUAAGGCAGAAGUUAGAUUCCAUUUGGCAUCAGCGGAUUGGAUUGCAGAAGAUGUGAGGGAGAAAAUGGCAGUGAUGCACAAGAAUAAAAUAAACAAAAGUGGUGAGCUGAUCAUAAACUCUGAAGUGAGUCGCCACCAAAUGAAGAAUCUGGCAGACUGUUUGCAAAAAAUCAGAGACAUGAUUAAGGAGGCCACGCAGAAACCCAACGUGGUAUCCAAGGAGACUACUCAGCUCCUCAUAGCCAGGGUACAAAAAAUGAAUCGUGAACGACUGCGACAGAAAAAAAUUCAUUCUACUAUAAAACAAAGCAGGAGGAUAGAUGUUGAUUGAAGAUAAAAAAGAAAUUCCCUGGAUAGCUUACUUUUAAACACAUUCAUCUGGAAAAUGAAGAGGAUAUUCAAAUUACAAACUCAAAUUACAAAAAAAACUUUGCUUAAACAUGUAAAAUGUAAUUUAACAUUUGCUUUCUUGUAUAUAAUAAAGUGGGUUUUCAUGAACAAUAU